GGAUUUACUAGAGCUAAGGCAAGUGGAGCUUUCGCUGUUAAUAUUGCCUUAUUAGCCGUUAGCUUCACAUUUAGGAUAAUCAGCUGUUAUUUACUAAUGUAAUCCGUAUGAAGACACAACUUCAAAAGAUUUACUCUCUUUCCGCAUCGUCUUGACAUCACAAUGAUGAAUUGCCAAAAAGCUAUAUUGUCGAUAUACCGGCGCACUAUCAAGUCCUCCAAUUUCCCCGCAAUCUCGAAAUCCACCAGGCGAUUCAAAGGUUAUAAAAGUGAAGAACCGCUGGUCCUCCCAAGAGUAGUAAUCGACCUCGACGCUCCCGAAAAUCCUGCCGUGCGCGAUUACGAUGAAAUAAAAGACAAUGUCCUAACACCAUUCCAACAACAGGUUGUCAGAUCCACGGAAAAGGCCAAAACUAGACGUGCAAAACUGGUUCGCAAACAAUUAGAACUGGGAGUGGAGGGGUUUCCUCGCAGAGGUGGAAGGAAAAACCAGCGAAUUAGAGAUCAAUCUCUAGAGCAUGAGUUAGCAUACAAUCCAGAUGCUUCCCCGCCGAAUGUCACAGCCAUGGAUUUAAUGACUUAUGCGCUGAUGGGGAAUCCAUUCGUGGCUAAGGCAUCAAAGAAGCCUCCCCAUGUGAGGGACGUACAUAUGGAAGGGUUAUUCACGGCUCAUAGUAUUAAUUUUAAGGAUACAGCAAAUAUGACAAUCAGGGCUUUGACGGAGGACUUUGAUAUUUCGACGGAUGGGCAAGGUGGAGAGAAUGUGGAUACAGAGGGGAAUCGAGAAAUUGUGAGAAAGAGGAAAGAAAGAAGUAAGAUGCGAGAAAUUGAAGAGGGAGAGCUUGUGGAGCACGAGGUUGAAACACAGUCUCGGGAACUCAACUGGGGAUAGAAAGGGGCCUGGAAGAUAAAUCAAAAGGUUACAAUCUAGAUUAUGAAAAAGGUCGGAGAGGGAGCCAGAUAACAAUCAGAUCAGCUCUUACAAUGAAGGGCCAGAAUAAUCUAUAAGCUAUCAGAAGAUGAUCCUGAUCGUCCAAGAGUACCUACCCUAGACUCAUUUUGAUAUCCCUUGUUCUUACAGCCUGAAAGUAGAGUCCCUAGAGCCCAAAUUUGUUCUGAUUCCUAAUAGCGUUGGGAAUCGAUUUUCGAGAGGGAAUUAUCCGGAAGACAAUUAAUCAUAAGCACACGCAUUGAUGGCUUUUUGGAUUACAAUUCCCGCAUCUCUAUAAACGCAACGAGAUAGAAUUCAUGAUGCAGAAGACGGAUUAAUUACA